ACAGUCACAGGCAGUGAGUCGUAGAAUCUUCACCCCGGAGACUUCGGGUUUGUACGACUCCCUACAUGAUUCAUUGUACUGUAAUCUGAGUCUAGUCUACCAGGUCUACAUGAUGCGGAGAGAAGUAAUUAGUUUGUUUGUGUUGGUGUUGACACACCUGGUAUGAGCACUUCGAACGUUCAAGUCUUCCCGUCUUGUACACGCACAGCAGGUUGAAGUGUAGUCGAGUCUGUGGGUGCCUAUUCCACUACACCGACCCGUAGAUUUUCUACGCUCCAGCCUGAGAGUGAGAGCAGCUAGGAAUCAAAGAAGGAUCAUUAUUUUGGUCCUUGAAUGAGUAAUUCAGCAUUUCCCUAGUGAUUACGCUGAAUACUUUAGCUGCAGGUUUGACUCUAUCGGCACCGUAGCGUCCUACGAUCCAGUCGUUCAGUCUAGUCUCCGGUGUGGAGCGUCGCUGCAAAACAACACCACACUUUGCGGUGGAAAAUCCGGGGAAGAUUAUCCUCUCGAGCCAGUCGAGGAAAGUCUGCACCCAGUUAUCCCUGCGCACAGCUUCAGUGAGAUGGAAGAUGAGAAUGUGCCUGCUGCCGCAGGCAAACCGUUUGACUCGCCCGAGUUCCUUGCUGACAUACAUCCGUGGUUGCUGUCUUUGGAUGCCGACAUGUUCCGGGAGGCAGCACAGCAAAACCAGCUGCUACGCACUUUUGACAGUGUUGCAGACCUGGAAGACACUCUACAGCGUGAAGGUCGGAAAGCGCACAACAAGAAACUGAUUCAAAUCAUCUCGGCCAAUGAGCUGCAUGGAUACCAACGCUUGUGUCACGUCGUUGCCGAAAUGGGCUACCAUACUCGAGUGCACCAGAUGUUGAACCAGCUGCCAGAGAAGGAUCGACCAUGUCUAGAUUUACCCAGCGCAGUUGACAUGGCAACCACAAGCGUACGUCGGCGAGCCCGGACAGGUGUGGACGGUGGCAAUGGUGACAGUGAUGGAAGAGCAGUGUCACAGAGAGCAGACGAAAAUGCGAGCCAUGGAGAAGAGGAGGGUCAUGGAGCAGAAGAGAGGAAUGAAACUGCAGCGGAGCAUGAGGCAUCAUCAUCAGCUGCACCAGAGGCAGUACCAGCUCAGAAGCCCAAACCAUUCCUUGCAAUGGUGGCGGGGCUGAGUCUCCUUAUCAUUGCUAUCAUCAGUGUCUAUUACGUUCGUAGUGCCGACUACGGUUUCAGCUCAUCAGUGGAUCGCGCUGAGCACGUACUGAGGAUUCGCUACGGCAAGGCCAAUGAAAUCCACUCGCCGAUGUUUGAAGCGACAACAGCCAACACUGUUGACAACAUCUACAUCAACCUUGUCAUGUUGCCAAAGAGGAACCUAAGCGAAGAGUUCAAGAACGAAUUCCAGUCCAGCUCCGACGACAUGUGGCGGACCGAGCAUGCCUUCACUCGCGCAGGGCAGAGAAUGCAAAGCGUCCACUUGGAGUCUCUUCUCGACAGAACCCACCAUGGUCCAUCAUCCCAUCGCACAGGUCAGACUCUCGGGACGAUAGUCAUGGCUAGUGCUGGGUGCGGGAAGUCGUUUGUUUUUACGAGGGUGGCACCGAUCAAAUGGGCAGCCGGUGAACUGUGGCCUAACAAGAAACUGCUUGUUGCAAGAGAGUUGCGUUUCCCAGACGUGCACAAGGCUACAUCCCUGAGUAAGCUACUUGGACUAGACGGCAUUGGUAUCGAAGACAGCAAUGCCCAGCAGGAGAUCUGUGAUCAUGUCCGCGAACACCCUGAGAGUCUAGUUCUUAUUUUAGAUGGUCUUGAUGAGGUGAACCUGAAAGACAUGAGCAGUUUUGUCUAUGAUGUACUGUUUGGCAAGGAGCUGCAGGGAAUUCAUCUCAUAGUAACAUCUCGACCAUGUGCCGACAUCUUCCAGUUGUCAGUAUUACCUCACUUCCACCAACACAUCGAGCUAAUGGGAUUCAAACAAGAUGAUGUGGAGAGGUAUAUCAGUAGCGCACUUAGCCCGGAGAAAGCAGAGACUCUGAUCGCAGAAGUCAAUCGUUCAGCUUAUCUGAGUGGCAUGAUGGCGACCCCAUUCAUGGCACAGGAAGUGUGUGUGCAGUACCACUUUGGCUUGGACGCGCCACAGUGCAUGGCGGACAUGUUUGAACAGAUGAUCGUGCAGAUUAUCAACCGGAAAUACGGCCGCAAAUACAAGCAGUGGAAUGAGGUACCUGUUGAGGCACAACUGCUGGUGAUGGAAAUGGGACAGUUUGCCUUCAAUAUGCUUGCCAAGAAGCAGAUGAUUUUCAACGAUGUCGAUCUCCAGAAGCAUUCUCUCAGUGAACAUGCUUUCAAACUAGGUUUGUUGGUGACAAGCGAGGAGUCUCUAUCAAGGAAAAUUUUCAGACAACAUCGGUUCAGCCAUCUGACCACUCAGGAAUAUCUGGCGGCAAUCUACCUUGCCAGACACCCCACACACGAUGUCAUGAACAGUCCCAGUAUUAUUCGACUAGUAGAAAUCCUCGGUGCAGAAACGGCACACUUGAGAACAUUCUGGACCAUGCUUUGUGCCCAGCUGAAUACAGCACAAGCCGAAUGCCUCGUGAACUCGUUAUUAACACGACAGAAGGUAGAGGAACAGGAUGAAGAAGGCAUUUUGCACCACUUUUAUCGGUACACAUCACAUGUUCAUAUUGAGGACUUGGCUCAACCACCUAACAUUUCUGCAUAUUUCGAGAGGUCUGAUGAGCAGCGACGCUAUCUUCAGAGUCUAGCAUUUCACUCCUUCGCCGAGCUGGCAAUGCAACGAAAAAUGGUUAAUUCCCCACUGUCGUCAAUACGCGCAUUGCUAAGGUCUGAGCAAAAAGUGUCGAUAUACUCAACUGAUCAUCCUGCAGAGAUACGCUCGAUCGACAUAGUCCUUCGCCAUCACCCCCAAGAUGUUCAGAGGGUGGCCAUACAUGUUUGGCCGAUGUCCGAUAGUGAUCUUGUCCCUUCAUCAUUAGCAAACUGCAGUGGGAUCCGAGUAUUGGUAUCCUAUAUUCCUCUCUAUAGCCACGGUGAUGUGGCUACUUUCACCUCUGCUGUACAGCAUUCAGCCAAAAAUCUACUCCAGCUGACUGAUGGGAACACCCCAAUGUCCUCCUCUCUGAUUGCUGCACUCUCAACAUGUCACCGGCUUCGUGUCCUGGAUCUCACGUCUGGCAUUCUGACUACUAGCAACGCCGGUGCUUUGGCCAGUGCAUUGUUUAAUCUCACAACACUGGAAGAGAUCAAACUGCAUGGUAGUGUGGACCUUUCAAGUGAUGAUGUGGCUGCAAUCACCCGUGCACUUCACCGUAGUAGCAAUCUAUCCACUGUUCACUUUACCGACUGUGGCUUGACUGCAUCUGUUCUACCAGCCAUCACAACAGCUCUACAGCACUGGAAACGCCUGAAGACCUUGAGCCUCAGCCUCAACACCUUCAGUGACACUGGUGCACAUGAAGCUUCUCAGUUCUUCUCUGCGCUCUCACAGCUCACUGAUUUGCGAAGGAUUGGGCUUAGUGAUUGUAGUUUGCCUGAAAGUGCUGGCUCCGCUUUAGCAACUGGACUAUCCAAUAUUAGCACCCUGCAUGUUAUUGCUCUGGCUAAUAAUCGCAAUCUAGGUGAUGAAGUUGUUAUAGACAUUUUGCAUGCACUAAGGCAAUGCAAAGACAUGCGUCAUGUCGAUCUGGAUAACUGUGGUCUGACAGCCGCUUCAUUGCCAGCUAUUACAGCUGCUCUGCACAGCUGGCCAAACCUCUUCACACUGCACCUCAGCGGCAAUGAUUUCAGGGAUGUUACAGACGACCAGGCCAACAGCUUUAUUGCUGCCGCGAAAGCCCAUGGGAAACUUAGUGGGACACCUUUUUACGAUUCACUUAUGGAUUCCACUCAAAAUAGAGCAUAUUUAGCACUGAAGUCUGCUACGUUCAACUAACACUUUCUCACCAGCGUACAAUUUAAAUCAUUUCAAUUAUCUGCUAUAAAUGACUAGACAAUGGCGAGACAAGAGCUUUGCAGCCAUGGUAUUGUUAUCCACUGGCUAGUUCACGUCAGUUCAAGUCGGUGUAUGUUGUCUCCUGCAACGAUUAAAGCAUUCUGCACGGUUCUGGUUCCCACACAUUGGUCUGGCCAUUUUCUUAAAUUCUCACAUCUGUUAUUGCUCCUUCAGUGUUUUCUUUCUUUCUGACAUUGAGAUUUCGAAUUCUUUAUUCUCACGAUGGCACCAUCUCCAAUAAGAGAUAGGACAUGUGUGUACAAUUGCCAAUGGGUGUAUCUUUCGGUGAUCUACCUCACCUCCUCGCGUAUUUAUCUGAGCUCUGGUACGAACUGACAAGAAGUAGACUUGUAUGUGUUACUUGACGGUAUUACGGUCAAGUGCCGAAAGGUUCUUCUUACAUAUCGACUAACGUAAUUCCGACAUUUUAAAAUGAUAUAUGACAUGGUUUAUCAGUCUGACACACCUAUUUGAACAACAAUCAAUCUACCUUAGUCCUCACAUGUUGAAUGCAUGAUGCCCCCGGGACAUAACAACA